AUGACCACUUUGUCUGCCCAGCUGGCCCUACACCACGAACCAGCUGCAGGCCCCUCUGAGCCACCCAAACCCCUCCCUGCCAGUGCCAGCCCCAUGCUAAGCUCAAAGAUGGACCCAGGCUCUAGCUCCCACUGCCUGGCACAGGGCACAGGGCCUACCCUGCCACUGACCCCCCACAUCUCCCUGGGCAGGUGGAUCAAGUUCGAGGAGAAGGUGGAGGAUGGUGGGGAGCGCUGGAGCUCACCCCAUGUCCCAGCUCUGCCCCUGCACAGCCUGUUCCAGCUGAGGACAUGCCUGCAGAAGGGGACAAUGCUCCUGGAUCUGGAUGCCACCAGUUUCAAGGAAAUAAUUGGGAAAGCCAAAGGCAGGUCUGAGCCCAGAACCCAGGUCUCCAAAACACCUCUUAAGGAGCAGCCACGGCAUCCUGAGUACCCAGCUGCUGCAUCCCUUUCCUUUCAGCUGAGAAACAGAUUUAAGAAGAAGGUCCCACUGGGGGCUGAAGCAGCCCACGUUGCUGUCGGGGAAGUUGAAUUCCUGGAAAAGCCCUUCACUGCCUUCAUUCGCCUCAGGCAUGGGGUGUCCCUUGGCUCCCUGGCUGAGGUUUCUCUUCCAAGCAGGUUCCUCUUCAUCCUGCUGGGCCCCCCCAGAGUGAAAGCCUACCACGAGGUUGGCAGGGCCAUGGCCACACUGCUGACAGACGAGCUCUUCCAAAGAGUAGCCCGGCAGGCUGAGCACCGGGAGGACCUCGUGGCAGGGAUAGAGGCGUUCCUGGAUGAGCUGGUUGUGCUUCCUCCUGGGAAAUGGGACCCUAGUGCCCGAAUUCCUCCACCAAGCCAUCUGCCAUCUCCACGCAGAAGGUGGGCUGGUGGGAGGGCACCCCAACCCCUGCCAGCCCCUCUGCAGGGUCCUGCAGGGAUACCUUUGUUUGUGACACUGGAACUUCCAUCUCCAUGGGGAUGA